AUGAAUAAUUGCUCUAGCUCUGUGAGUAAAUUCAUCCUUUUAGGCUUCCCUUAUGCCUGGGAAAUUCAGAUGCUCCUCUUUUCAAUCUUCUCUGGGAGAUAUAUUCUGACACUAAUUGGAAACCUGUGAAUCUGUGCUGUAAGGUGGGACCAUCAACUACAAACUCCAAUGUACAUGCUGCUGGCAAAUUUUUCCUUCCUGGAGAUCUGGUUUAUCACCUCCACUGUCCCUACCAUGCUAGCCAAUUUUCUCUCUGAGAACACCACCAUCUCUGUUUCUGGCUGCUUCCUUCAGUCUUACUUCUUCUUCUCCAUAGGCACCACUGAGACCUUCUUCUUGUGUGCCAUGGCCUUUGACAGGUACCUUGCUAUCUGCAGGCCCCUGCACUACCCCACUGUCAUGACAGUUCAACGCUGCAUCAGAAUAGGAGCCUGCUGCUGGGUGUGUGGCUUCUUGUACUUCCUCUUGCCUGUUUACCCAAUCUCUCAACUCCCGUUUUGUUGUCUCAAUAAAAUUGAUCACGUCCUUUGUGACCCAGAUCUCCUAAUUAAGCCGUCUUGUGUGCCAGCGCCUGCCACUGAGAUCCUCUGUGCCAUCUAUAACUCAGUCCUCAUUUUCUCCACCUUACUUUUCAUUACAAGCUCCUACAUCCUGGUAAUUAAAGCUGUGCUCAGAGUCACCUCAGCAGAAGGCGGGCAUAAGGCCUUCUCCACAUGUGGUUCCCAUCUGGCCGUGGUAUCCUUAUUCUAUGGCUGUAUCAUGGUUGUAUAUGUGAGUCCAACAGCAGGCAAUCCAGCUGAGAUCCAGAAAAUUAUGAGUUUGUUCUAUUCUGUGAUUACUCCACUUUUCAACCCCUUGAUCUACAGUCUCCGGAAUAAGGAAAUGAAGGUAGCUCUGAGAAAAUUAUUCAGAACCCUGCUAUUUAGUCAGAGGCACAGAAGAAAUGUUUGA